ACACAGCUGCGUGAUUCAGGUUCGUUGCCUCGUCCAGUGGUGCUGGUGAAGUCAUCAGACGCAGAAGAACUGAUGGGACUCGUCAAUAAGAACGAAGAAGCCAUGGUGUUCAUAGACAUCAUGAUGGAGACUCAAAAAUGGCCUUACUAUGACGUUGGCAUCCUGUUGACUGUGGCUCUAGUUGUGUUGGCCAUCAUCAUGAUCUUUGCUCUACGCUUCCGCUGCAGGUCCAACAGAACCUGGGACUCUGUGCACCAGCAGACCAUGCGUGCCAUCAGCAGGUUGGAAACACGCACAUACAGCUCUCAGGGUUGCUCUGGCUCCCAGCGUUCUCGCGGGGCUCCAGGGUCAAACAGCAGCUCCAAUUCCAGCCCAGUCUGUGCCAUCUGUCUUGAGGAAUUCAUGGAUGGCCAGGAAUUGAGAAUCAUCUCCUGUGCUCAUGAGUUCCAUAAGGAGUGUGUUGACCCCUGGCUCCUACAACACCGUACCUGCCCACUGUGCAUGCACAACAUCAUGGGUAAACAGCCUCAGGGUUCAGAUCUGGCAUCCCGUCUGCCCCAAAGGAGUCGAAUGCCACCCCCUCCACCAGAGCACAGUCAAGCCUUCCUCCUUCCCCAUAACUAUUCGAACCAACACCCUUAUCCCCAGCACCCUGUUCCCUUUUCCCUUCGCCAUCAUUACCCCCGUAACCCCUCUGGACCUUUACCCCAGAUGGGCCACUAUGGCAACUCUCCCCCUCUUCAUCCAAGGACUCUACGUUGCAUUCCCAGCAGACCGUUGGGUGCUAGCUGUGCGUAUCACUUGGCUCCGGAUGCCCAUCACGGACAUCCGCACAGGACAGGCGGGCAUGGGUGUCGGACUGGGGGGCAUCACUAUGCGGCCCCCAGAAGGUCGUGUCACCGUUGCCCCGGAGGACCUUUGCGGAACGCCUCAGGUUCUCGGAUGCAUCAUGUGGCGUCAUCCGCAAACCAUGCAACUCAUCAUCACCUGCCACGUGGAGGAGGCUCGCACAGUCGCCAAGACGAUGGAAGCUGCUCAGGAGGGAGUUACCAUACGGAGCGGAGCGGUUACCUUGCAGACGGACCGGCUAGCGAUUCCAGCUCGGGUUCGUGCCACGGCUCGUCCAGCGACUCUGUAUUGAACUGUACGGACAUCAGCCUGCAGGGUGUCUAUGGCAGCUGGUCCACUUUUCGUAGCUCGCUCAGCAGUGAUUAUGACCCAUUUGUCUACUGCGGACCGGGCAAAGCUCCACGCAGAGGGAGCAUGGAGGUCACGCAAAGGCCUCGUUCCCUGGACUCGGUAGUGAACCGAACCGGGGGUGGAAGCGGUGGAGAUGCCGGUGCCAUUUGCCCAGAAGAACAGCAGCAGCAGGUGGCUGUGUUCAGUCAUGUUCACUAUCAUAGGCAUAGACACCACUAUUACAAGGAUGGGGAACUCAGUCAAGGGCCCGGCCGAGGCUGUGACGAGGAUCAAGAGGCCAUGUCCUCAGCUGCGGCAGCAAGCGGGCCUUGUCUCGUAACUAAAGACAAAGACUCCUCCGGGUGUCAGGUACAGCACCAGCAGUCCUGCCACUGCCCCAAAACAGACCUCAGUUCAAAGAGGGUUGAGGAUAGAGACCCGGACCCCGUUUCCACCUCAGGUGCCUCCGUGAUCCUUCCCUCCCCUCCUUUACCCUCUCCGUCCCUGCCCUGUUGCCACAAAGGUCCAGGGUGGACAACCAGUCGGAAAGCAGCCGGCUGUCCAUUGGAAGCGCCUUCGCCGGUUGUUCACUUCCAUCAAAGCUUGGACCUUCAGGAUGAUUGUAGCAUUCAUAUCCACUACGGACAAGGAGCGGGAAGCUACUGUUGCACACCUCCGCCAGACAUGGCCCCCACACUGCUGCCGGUGCCCCUAAUCUUGGACUCGACGGGUAUGACCGACUGGCCGUGCUGUAGUGGGGCACAUGUGGUGUGGCAGAAGCAGGUGCAGCAGGCCCACUCUGAGCCUCAGCUCCUGGGACCCACUUCUGGAAUGGACAGACCCCUGUGUAGGGCCUAUCAUGGUCCAGGGGACGAACUUCCCACGGACUGCCUGUACUGCCAAACUCUACACAAUAGUCAGGGGUCAGAGGAAGAGUCUGGUGUUUGAGAAAACUCUUCAUCCAAAACUCCUCACGCUGCUACACAAGAGCCGAAAUGGUCAAAACUGUUCGGCGAUCUCUCGAUGUCUCUUUCACUCACAUUUUGAGUCUUCCGGAUAAUUCCAAACAUCUUCUGCAAUAUCAAACUGCAUUAACCAGAAUCUCCAGACCUCAGAAUUUCGUUCUUACAAAGAAUUCAGCAGUCAUUGAUGAUUACAUGGGUUUUCCAAAGUACUCUUCAGUAGUAACUCACUGUUGCUAGCACCUUUCUAAUGUCCAGAACAAGUCAUUCUUGGUACUUUACCCAAUACGGUCCAAAAGCGACUUUGGAUUGACAAACAAGUGGUAUUAAUU